AUGGACAAAAACGCAGUCUAUCAGGCCGUCGACAACGGCUACUCUUCGAUUGCAUCUGAAGCGUACAAGGGCUCCAACUCGUCGCAGACUUCAAAAAGCGACAACAUCGCCGCCUCGUUCGGAUACUCUGCUGAAGACCUGGCUACACUUCCAGCCGGCACCAACUUAGGGCUUUCGUGUGGCAACCCCCUCGCCACGGCGAACCUACAAUCAUCAGAAACAAUGCUCGACCUCGGCUCUGGUGGAGGGCUGGACUGCCUCAUCGCAGCGAACCAGAUGCUCAAGGCUGACCCGGCGCCAGAGGGCAAGAUUUACGGCGUCGACAGGAGUACGGAAAUGAUGUCACUCGCAAGGCGAAACGCGGCCAAGGCCAAUAUACCCGAUGGGCUGGUCGAAUUCGUCGAGGCACCCAUCUCACAGAUUCCUCUCGCCGACGCCUCGAUCGAUCUGAUCGUGAGCAAUUGCGUCGUCAACCUCGUGCCAGACGAGGACAAGCCGAGCGUCUUCAACGAGAUAUACCGACUCUUGAAGCCCGGUGGACGAGUAGCCAUUAGCGACCUUCUGGCUCUCAAGCCCAUGCCGGAUGAGGUCAGGAAGGACGCGGCCUUGCUCAUCGGUUGCGUGGCCGGGGCAAGUUUGGUAGACGAGUACCGAAGCUGGAUGGUCCAGGCGGGUUUUGAAGAAUCCGGAGUCGCCUUUGUCAACACGAACAAAGACCUCAACGUCUAUCACUCUCAAGUCGCUGAGAUCUCGUGCUGUGCCUCUAAACGCCCGUGUGGUGCCGCGGAUCGCCGGGGAGACGUCGAUGAGUUGGAUUUCAAUGCCUGGGUCGCUGCAUAUCAGAUAUACGCUGUCAAAGGCACACACUAG